ACUAACUUUUUCCACGUAUAGGAAUUUCCAUAUUAUUAAUUGGCAUUGUAAACAUAUUGUUUAAAUAAAUAAGUGCAUAGUAUUUAGUUAAAUAAUAAAAAGUGCGUUAAAAUGUUACGAAUACGUCGGCGUUUUGCCCUAGUACUGUGUGCCGUUUUCGUGGCAAUUUUCUUGGCGGUGUAUUUCCUUAUCAAUUAUGCGGCACCGGCCGAGGAUAAAAAGCCUAAUUUCAUGAAUCUCGAUACAAUUGAGGCAUUAAAGCAAAAAAUGGAUCUGCCCAAAUUGGUGGAAACAAACAAAUUGGAAAAUAAUGUUGGUGAAAAGCCACAAAGACAAACUGAACAUUUAAAGAAAUCUGCAGAUUUGAUCAAGCAUAAAGAUGAAGGAGAUGCGUUGAAGAUUGAAGAGAAUAUGAUAAGUGACAAUAAAGAUGAUACGUGUGAUUUUGAUCCACAACAAGUGCCGCAACCAAAUAUUCAGAUGCUAGACAUGUAUAGUAAAAUGAAGUUUGACAAUAUUGACGGUGGUGUCUGGAAACAAGGUUGGAAUAUAAAAUACGACCCUCUGCAAUACAACGAUCAUCAUAAGCUAAAAGUGUUUGUGGUUCCGCAUUCACACAAUGAUCCGGGCUGGAUCAAAACAUUCGAUGACUAUUAUGAUCAUGAAACCAAACAUAUACUAUCGAAUGCUUUGAGACAUUUGCGUGAAAAUCCCGAAAUGAAAUUUAUAUGGGCAGAAAUUUCCUAUUUUUCGAAAUUCUACGAAGACUUGGGAGAUUCCAACAAACAGGAAGUAAAAAAAUUGGUGGCAAAUGGUCAGCUGGAAUUUGUUACCGGUGGUUGGGUUAUGCCAGACGAGGCCAAUUCACAUUGGCAUAAUAUUUUACUGCAGUUGACGGAAGGUCAACAUUGGUUAAAGAAAUAUCUUAAUGUUACACCCACUGCCUCCUGGUCCAUUGAUCCCUUCGGUCAUAGUGCUUCUAUGCCGUAUAUAUUAAAGAAAUCUGGUUUUAAUAAUGCCCUUAUACAAAGAACUCAUUAUUCGGUGAAAAAGGAAUUGGCUUUAAAGCGUAAUUUAGAGUUCUACUGGAGGCAAUUGUGGGAUGACACAGGCAGUACCGACUUAUUUACUCAUAUGAUGCCCUUUUAUUCGUAUGAUAUUCCCCAUUCAUGUGGUCCCGAUCCAAAAAUAUGUUGUCAAUUUGAUUUCAAACGAGUUCCCAAUUUUGGUUUAAUGUGUCCCUGGAGAGUACCACCACAAACUAUAGAUGAUCGCAAUGUUGCUCAAAGAGCUGAACUUCUAAUCGAUCAGUGGAAGAAAAAAGCUGAACUUUAUCGCACUAAUGUUGUGCUAUUUCCACUUGGCGAUGAUUUUCGCUACAGCCAAAGUACCGAAUGGGAGGUACAGCGUGUAAACUAUGAGAAUCUCUUCAAUCAUAUUAAUGCCGAACGUAAAUAUUUUGUUGAGGCUAAAUUCGGCACACUACAGGAAUAUUUCGAUGCUGUACAUCAGGAACAGAAGGAAAAACAUCGUGAUUUUCCAUCUUUAAGUGGUGAUUUCUUUACAUAUGCCGAUCGUAAUGAUAACUAUUGGAGUGGUUACUACACCUCACGUCCCUAUCACAAACGUAUGGAUCGCGUUUUAAUGCACUACAUUCGUUCAGCGGAAAUAUUGAGUUCUUGGGAUAAUUGGGAUGUCAGCACCAAGUUUGACGAAAUGUUACAGGAGGCCAGAAGGCAAUUGUCCCUGUUUCAACAUCAUGAUGGCAUAACGGGCACGGCCAAAACACAUGUUGUUGAAGAUUAUAACAGACGUAUGUUGGAUGCCAUAAAAUCAUGUCGAUUUGUUAUGCAACAGGCAGUUUACAAGUUAUUGACAAAACCUUCCAUUUACAAUGCAGACAACAAUUUCAAUUAUUUCUUUAUGGAUGAUUCUCGCUGGCCUGGACCGGAUGACAGUCGCACCACAAUUAUUUUGGGCGAAGAAUUGCCCCAAAAACAUUUGGUAUUCCACAAUUCAUUGCCGCAAUGGCGAGAGGACGUUGUAGAUUUCUAUGUGGCCUCCCCUUACGUUAGUGUUGCUGAUUUUAACAAUAAUCCUGUGGAUAUACAAAUUAGUCCGGUAUGGACUUGGCAUAAACAUACGUUUACUAAUACCAUCACACCACAAGCUUCUACCACAAAAUAUAGGUUGAUAUUCAAAGCAAAAGUACCGCCGCUGGGAUUGUCAACGUAUGUUGUGAAAGUUGAAACUCCCGAAACUAUAAAACCUAACUACAUUACCUUUGCAUCGAAUCUCAUAUUGACUAAAAAUCCUAUUACCACUCAGCUGGGUGAUUAUCCUAAAGAGGUAAAGUUCGGUGAACAUCGGGAAAUAUCCCUAAAAGUCGGCUCAGGACCCACGGUUGCUUUCAGCUCUGAAGGUUUGAUGAAAUCCAUACAAAUAAAAGAAUCGGAGCAACAUACACCCGUAAGAGUACAAUUUUUCAAAUAUGGUGUACGUCACAAGGGAGAACACUCGGGUGCUUAUCUUUUCCUGCCAAAUGGUUUUGCCUCCCUCAUAACUAAUGCCCAACUGCCAGUGGUUUUAGUUACUAAAGGUCCCUUGGAAUCUUCUGUAAGCGUUGGUCUACCCUUUGGGGUACAUCAUACGAUACUGCGUGAUGGUGAAGCACCCGAAAUUCGCAAUAACAUUGACAUUACCGAUAUGGAUGAUACGGAAGUUGUAAUGCGAUUUCAGACACGCAUUCACAAUGGUGAUACCUUCUAUACGGAUCUCAAUGGUUUACAACUAAUUAAACGUCAGCGAUUUGCUAAGAUUCCUCUACAGGGCAACUACUAUCCCAUACCCUCUGCGAUGUAUAUAGAAGAUGAUACUUUACGUUUUACAGUAGUUUCGGCCCAGCCUUUGGGUGGCUCUUCGUUGGCCGAAGGUGAAGUGGAACUAAUGCAAGAUCGUCGCUUAACUCACGACGAUGAGCGUGGCUUAGGUCAGGGCGUUUUGGACAAUCAACCAGUUAUGCAUAUCUUCCGUGUACUGCUGGAGAGAAUCGAUAACUGUGAGAAAUUGGCCGAUAAUCAUCCUUCGGGUAUUUUAACAUUACCCGCUUUUCGCAACUUAAAGUCCAUAUUAGAUCCCAUUGAUAAGUUUAUAUUUACCGAAAACGACUGGUUGGGUGUAAUGCCAGAAUUUGGUUCCUCACACACGGCAUUGGGUGAAGAUAUGGAAAUAGUAGUAAUGAGAGAUUUGCCAGCCUCAAGUACUAUACCGGCCGUGGCCAGAGAUCGUAAACCGCAUAUGCAACAGAACACAGGUCUAAUAGUACAUCGAACUAAUUUACUGCAAUGCUCUGGUCUUCAGGCUCAAAAUACUGGCGAGUUAAAUUUACAUCAUCUGUUGCAGUGGGGCUCCCACAAUGUUUCAGCGGUUUAUAAGACGACUUUAACAUUCCUUAAACAUUUGUCCUCCCAGAAAUUUGACGAAGAUAUAACCCUUUGCCCCAUGGAUUCAUUGGCAUUUAUUUUACAAAGACAUAGUUGAUUUCAUUUCGAAUAAUUGAAUUUAUUUUACUUUUUUUUUUUACUUUUUUCUCUUGUUUUAACUAAUAUUGACUGACUUACAAUGACUUGGAGUUUACUUAAUACCAAAAAUGUUUUUUUAUUUGUUUUUAACUUGACGAUUUUAUUGUGCUGUAAUUUAUUUAAUGUAGAUCUUUUUUUUUAUUUUAGUAAGUCAGUUGUUUUUAAUAUUAUUUCUGCUUUAAUGUUUUUCUUUGUAGUAAAAAUUGCUGUCUUAAUGUUUAUUGGGCUUUCUUUCUUUUUAAUGUUAUAACAAAUCUCAUUUUCAAACACUAAUUUAAUUAAUAAUUAAGGCACGUAUGACUGUUUGUUGUAUUUAAUUUUGUUUAAAGUAAACUAUUUAAUACUAUUAAACAUAUUUAUUUAUGUAUGAGUGAUAUUAAUACAACAAGGAAAAAAUAAAACAUACAUAUUUUCAUAAAUAUGAACAGACUUUUUCAAAAAGUAUUUUUAAAAGCAGAAUUUAAAAAAGAAUAUUCGGGUUAACUAUCGCCAGGUAGCGAUAAAUAGUUUUUUUUUAAAAAAAAUUUAAAUAUUUUAACAUCUAAACUUUUUCUAUUUUAAUUUUCUAAUAUUUAUUUUAGGUUUUACCGUUUCUAAUAAGAAAAAUAAUACUAAUUAGAAAACUUGAGUACGGGGCAACGGUUUCCUGUAAAACCUGCAUGUUUUAACAAAUUUAUUCGUACUUAAAAUAUCUUCUCAUCCCAGUGUCUAUCUGUCUUUCUUUAAACAUUUUUCGAACAAAAUAACUUUUUGAAAAAGUCCUACGAUUAUUGAUCAACCACCUAAAUUUAAGUUAAUUUAAGUAAUAUUAAUGUAAUAAUUAUAUAAAUAAAUUGAUUAUUUAAUACUAUUCAAUGAUAUUAAUUGUGUUAAAUGGCAUUUUUUUAGCAACAUAAAUACUUACAUAUAAUUUGAAAAUAAAAUAUAAAAAAACUAACGAAAUUAAAA